GUGAUAAAUAAGACAUUGCACAUAUUUGCGCAUCGUCAAUUCAAACUCAAUUGCGUUUUAUACUCGGUAUCGCAUCUCGACGCAUUCGCUGCAGGCGCAAUUGACUUACAAAUUCAAAGGUUAUUUGCAAUCGCAGACAGACCUUCACUGAUAUAAUACGCUAGAAGUAAGCAAGUGACAAUGUAAUUAGUUCACGUGUUCUUCCGUUUUUUAAAAAUAUGCAGUUUAAAGUGUAACGGAGAAAUAUAUUCGGAGGUAGAAAGUAGAGUCAAAAAACCACUUGCAUAGUUCGAUUCGGCGAUGUGGUUCAAGUUUGGGUCGUUCGUCGUAGUUUGGUUACAUGAGAAAAAUUAAUUAAAUUGCAUUUAUUUCUUGUCUUUUGAUGAAUGUAGACGGAAUGUCGAUUCGGCAGAAAGUGAAUCAAAAGCAGAUUUUCCUGACAAUGAGAUCAUUUGAUUGAUUAGCUACAAUCCCUUAUUAACGUUUUCUUUCCUCAUGUGUCAGCCGAUAGUAAAUCUACGAUCAUUCGCUUAUCAAAUCUCUUAUGAAUAACGUUUCUGAUCAACUAUUCCGAAUGCGACAGUGGUAAGUCGUUUUUCAAGUUCUCAUGCAAACACGCAUGGUUGGAUCAGAUAACUUUGUAACUAAUACGCAGGCCACGUCGUUCCGCAAUGUUGACUUGUUAUCAUCGUUGGUUUCUCUCUCAUUCAACUGAAUGCUGCUGGAUUAGUAAAUUCCCAAGUCUUAUGUACACACAUUUCACACUUUAUUUGGUAAUUGUUUCAAUACCAUUCGCUAAGUCUGUGUUCAACGUAUUGCGUUUUGUUUCCCUGAUGUUCUACUUAAAUCUUGUUAGUUGAAUGUUUGAAUCGAUUUAUCAAGGUCUUAAGGACCAUUGAACACGAGGUUUCAUCGCUAUUCACUUUUCAUAACAAUUGUUGAUGAUUGCUAGGCAUGAAAAAUGGUUGAAAAAAAACGACGAAUAUGUAAGUUUUACUGCUACUUUGAUAGUUUAGAUUUCUUCCUGUACUUAUUGUCGUCUCAUUUUAUCUGCUCAAUUACCUUUACGAUAUGAGCUACACUGUUUACAUCGUAAAUAACCUCUUCAGACGAUGCUGUUAAAACUCGAACGUUCUGCAUAAAUAAUUUCAUAUCUUUGAGAGACAUCGUCUCGUCUUGUUACCUUCGCUCCAAACUGCGGGAUCAUUUAAUUGCAAAAAGUGAAAGCAAACGAUGGAAAAAGAUCCGAGGAAAAGCAUCGAUUCGGAAAGGAACGAACGGUUGAACGCGUAUUCGAAAGGCAAAGCGAGAUACCUCCUCAGACAAACUAUGACAGCUCUUGGUCCAAUCCUGAGCACCAUGGCUGCCGGCAUGACGUCCGGCUACAGUGCGGUUCUGCUUCCUCAACUAACCUUGAACAACUCAACGGAUUACAACGCAACGUCGAAAAGCCCGACGGAUUACCUGAAUAUGAAGCAGCUGACGGUUGAGGGUACCGAAGAAGUUUCAUGGAUCGCGGCAUCGGCUGCUCUUUCGAUGGCUCCAGGAUGCUGGAUUUCCGGAGCCAUGAUGGAGAAGUUCGGUAGACGAACAUCGCUGCUGCUAUUCAGUCCAGUAUUUUUUAUCGGAUGGUUGAUAGUUGGGCUUGCGCCCAGUCUGGUUUGGCUGCUGGUCGGCAGAGUUGUGAUCGGAUUUUGCACCGGAAUAAUGGGCCCUCUAAGCCCGGUAUUUAUAGCGGAAACAAGCGAGCCGCGUUUGCGAGGAAUUCUUCUAUCCGGUAUCAGCCUUGCAAUAGCGGUGGGCAUUCUUGUCUCGCAUAUUUUUGGCACUUGGCUACAUUGGCGACUGUCAGCCAUUAUGUGCGGAGUUUUCCCCAUCUUCUCUUUACUCCUUUGCCUUGUUGCGCCUGAAAGUCCCACGUGGCUAGUCAAGAGAGGUGAACAUGUAAAGGCUCGCAAGACCUGGCAGUACCUCAGAGGAGAUAAUUACGAGCACGAGUUCGAGGCCUUGACGUAUGGAAGUGCGAAUAAUCCUGAGGUCAACGAAGCUGCGAAUGGACUCGACGCUUCGAUGGAGUCGAAGCCACUUCAGGAUCACGCGCCUACGCGCGGCUGGAAGAACGAUGUGAUUUCCAGAAGCUUCCUCAUGCCCCUCUUCAUACUCAACGUCUUUUUUUUCACUUCCCAGUUCUCCGGGAUUAACGCGGUAGCCUUUUACAGCGUGAACAUGCUCGCGGAAGUUUCCGGCCCUGAAAACGCCUACACUGCAACACUCGUUCUCGACUCGAUUCGCCUCGCCUUUGGUGCCAUUGCCUGUUGGCUGACGAAGAAUUACCCCAGGAGAUCUAUGACCAUUAUUUCCGGUCUCGGAUCAGCGCUGAGUCUCCUUCUGCUCAGCGGUUCGCUCUUCACAGAUCUCGGAAAACCAUGGCUUCCGAUCUGCUGCCUGUUCGCCUACACGUGCACAAGCUCCAUCGGUCUGGUUCCACUGCCCUGGCUACUGUGUGGCGAACUUUUUGGAGCCUCCGUGCGAGGCCUUGGCUCUGGAAUAAGCUCUGGUUUUGCCUUCAUGUGCUUUUUUGUAGUUGUGAAGAACGCACCGUCCAUGAUGGACAUUCUUGGACCGUCCUGGACUUUCUGUUUUUACGGUAUCAUCGCUCUGAGUGGAACCAUCUUCCUUAUCGCAUUCCUUCCGGAGACAAAGGAUAAAACUUUACAGGAGAUUGAAGAUCGCUUCGCCAAACCGUUCAACGAGAAGCGAAACAUUUAGCUGACUCAUUCGUGCAAUUUUUUUUUUUUUGUAACAAACAACACAAAUUGAAUUUGA